CAGAGAGGGCAAAUAAUGCCUCAUCAUCAUCCUGGCUGGAAUGUACAGAAGACUUUUUGCUGUUUUCAUCAUGUGAAUUCACUAGAGAAAUGACCACCUUUGAUCAGCCAAAUAAAAUAAACUUGUUUAUUUGCUGCCUAUGUCCUCCAAGGGUGCUGAGACUCUGGACUUGCAGGCGCCCAAGGACAAGGAGGAAUCUUCUAGCAGGUACUGCCUGUGUGAUUUACCUGGGAUUCCUCAUCAGUCAAGUGGGUCAUGUUUUACCACAGCACAAAGGAGGACACCAAAAGAUCAGUUCCAGAAGUCUCCAAGAUGCAGCCCAAACUCCUUUUCUGGGCAUCCCACUGGAUGGCACCCUGUCACCACCCAAUUUCAAGGAACCCCAGCUUGGUAGCAAUGGGACCUUGCUGCCACCCAAUGUAGUUUAUAUCACUCUGCGGUCCAAGCGCAGCAAGCCUGCCAACAUCAGAGGCACAGUGAAACCAAAGCGCAGGAAGAAACAUGCAAUCCCUUUGUCCUAUGGACAGCACUUUCCAAAAGCUGCUUUUAUGGGCUGGGGAGAGGCCUUUGCCCAACACCCAUGGAGGACCAUGCACAUUGCAGGUACAACGGGACCAGCAAUAGCUCUGGGGGCAAGAAAACACCAGUUGGAUGAACAUAGGCAUAAAGAAAUGGCAAUCAGGGAAAUAAGUCACCUGAGACCUGGGGGAAUUUCUGGAGCUGUGAAGGCACAGCCUCAGCCUGCGGAAAGCAAUAUCAGGAUUUACAGUGAAAGCUCUCCCUCCUGGCUGAGCAAAGAUGACAUCCUAAACAUGCGCAUGCUGGCAGAUUCUCAGAUAGAGAGCAUCCAAGAAGUACCUUCUCACAAAGCAGUCCUACUAGUAUUUGCGAGACGUCCCAGCACCUCUGGAGCUGCAUGUAAUCAAGGACACUGUGGCAUCGUCAGAAGACCCCUCGACAUGAGCGAGGUGUUUGCUUUUCAUUUGGAUAGGAUCUUGGGGCUAAACAGGACCUUACCUUCUGUAAGCAGGAGAUCGGAGUUCUUCCAAGAUGGUCAAGCCUGCCCUGUUAUUCUCUGGGAUUCCUCACUGAGUCCAACAGAUAAUAAUACCCAUUCUUCAGUGAGAUUAACCUGGGGGAGAUAUCAGCAGCUAUUGAAGCAGAAAUGCUGGCAGAAUGGUAAAGUUCCCAAAGCUGAAUGGGGCUGUACUGAAAUCCAUCAUCAUGAGUGGUCCAAGAUGGCGCUCUUUGAUUUUCUACUGCAGAUCUAUAAUCGACUAGACAGAAACUGCUGUGGAUUCAAACCUCUCAAGGAGGAUUCCUGCAUGCAACAAGGACUGAAGCUGAAAUGUGUUGACCAGGAUGCUGUUGAAUUGACACACAUAGUUCAGAGAAGACAUGACCCAAGGCACUUGGCCUUUAUAGACAAUAAGGGUUUCUUUGACAGAAAUGAAGACAAUCUUGACUUCAAAAUACUACAAGGGAUCAAUGAAUUCCCUGAAUCUGCAGUUUCAGUGCUGAAGAGCCAGCGUUUACGUGAGAAGUUGCUUCAGUCUUUGUUCCUUGACAAAAUAUAUUGGGAGAGCCAAGGAGGCAGAAAAGGAAUUGAAAAGCUUAUUGAUGUAAUAGAAAGGCGGUCCAAAAUUCUUCUUACUUAUAUAAAUGCACAUGGAGCCAAAGUAUUGCCUAUGAAUGAAUGAAGCACUCUUGCUUCUGUCUGAGAGA